CAGCACCAGCGGCAUGCGCGUUGUUGUUGUGACAGGAGUCAUGUUGAACUUUCGUUUUGCUUCCUGCUGUCACAAAUAUGUGUUAAAGCUCAAGGCACGAUGUCAGAAAUCCUGAUGAUGGAGAUGGAGAGUAUGACCGUCAGCCCCGUGAAGCCGGAGGAGCGCGUGGAGAACACCCGGAGCUUCCUGCUGGUGGACGAACAGGAGAACCUGCAGGUCCACGAUGAGGAAGAGUUUUUGAACAAACUUGGCUGUGCCGAUGUUGCAGGGGUCAAGGUCCUCUCCAUCUUUGGCAACACCGGAGAUGGCAAGUCCCACACGCUGAACCACAUCCUGUUUGAUGGCCAGAGUGUGUUCUAUACCUCCAAGUCUCCCAGCUCCUGCACGGUGGGAGUGUGGGCCGCCUAUAAUCCCUCUCUCAGCCUGCUCGCCCUGGAUACAGAAGGUCUGCUGGGAGCAGCGGCCAAUCAGAACCAGAGAAUGCGUCUGCUGUUGAAGACUCAAAGGGCCACGCUGACACGCUGCUCCAGAAGCGUUUCCAUGACCUGGGUUUAGGCACAGAGGCCUUCAGCUCAGUGGAGUAUGUCGGCACUCAGACCGUCGUCCCCCCCACAGACUACAGCCGCCUGCUGGUGGCCGUCAGGCUGCAAGUGAAGAACACUCACACACGCUCCCCCCGCCAGCCGGGGAUCGUGUUCCGCGCUCUGGAGGCUCUGAGCAAGCGCUUCUGUGGAGAGCUAUCAGACGACAAGAUGACGCUGUUCUCCUUCUUCCCGGACGAGUACUUCACUUGUUCCUCCGUCUGCCUCAGCUGCAACAUCCGCUGUAAAAAUGGGAUGAACCAUGUCAGAGACAGAAUCCCCCACAUGGCCGAUGGACUGUGUCAGUUUGCACAUCAGUACAACAACAAGGUCCUCAUCUGUAAGCGGUGCUAUGAAGGAGGCAGAGAGGUGAUUGUUGUGCCAAAAACAUCAGCUUCCUCUGACAAUCCGUGGUUUGGAUUGGCUAAAUACGCCUGGUCGGGGUAUGUGUUGGAGUGUGCCAGCUGUGGGGUGAUCUACCGCAGUCGGCAGUACUGGUUGGGCAACCAGGACCCUGAAAGCAGCGUGGUGCGAUCUGAGAUCAAACAUGUCUGGCAGGAUUCGGACACGUUCCUGACCAGCCAUCAGAACGCUGCUCAGAGGGUCCUGGAUGGGAUGAGCUUUGUGAUCCAGUCUGUGUCUGAGUACAGCACCGGUCCCACUAAAGCUGUCACAGCCUGGCUCACUGACCAGGUGGCCCCUCCGUACUGGAGACCCAACGCAGAGAUCACUGCCUGUCAUGAAUGUAAGAAGGUGUUUGAGGAGGCAGAGAGGAAACAUCACUGCCGCUCAUGUGGCGAAGGUUUCUGCCAUCCCUGCUCCAACAACAGGAUGCCCGUCCCAGAGCGGGGCUGGGGCAGCAGUCCUGUCAGGGUGUGUCAGGCCUGCUACCGGCAGGGGGGUCCAACUGACACCAACGACAAGGCAGCGUGUAAGGUGGAGCCAAGUGGUCUGAUAGCUCGCAGGGUGACGGAGGUGGCCCAGUCUACACUCGACAUGGUGACUACAGCUGUGGACUACCCUCUCUGUUUUGUAAAAGACGUGGCUCGGCCGGAUUACUGGGUUCCGGAUCAGAACAUCACCCAGUGCCAUCAGUGCUCCAAAACCUUCACGGCAGCCAUGUCCAAGCACCACUGCAGGGCCUGCGGGCAGGGAGUGUGUGGCCGCUGUUCCACUCACAUCAAGGCCGUUCCCUCCAGAGGCUGGGACCACCCCGUCAGAGUGUGUGAUGGCUGCUUCGCCCGCACGGACCCCCUGUGACCCCACCCCCAACACCACCUGAAAUGUAUCACUGCGUCCUCCCAGUCUUCCUCAGAUGGUCCACUGAGUCCCAGCACUGCAGCUCCAUGAAACCCUGCGUGACUCAUCAGGAGGGUUCACAUCAUCAUCGUUCUGGUUUCAGACUCUCAGCAGGGAUCGUUUACCUACCUUUAACUAAAACAACUGGAUUCCGGGGCGGUUUUGGGGACACGAAACCUGUUGUAGCUCCCCUUUCGCUGCAGCCGGAUUAGGAGCAGUGGAGCAGCUUCAGGGCUAACUGGAUGAAUCACAAACUGGAUGUAACCGUUUUAACAAGCUGCGUUUAAGAUGAAAGACUUUUAACCCUAAAGUUUCAGGCUAGCGCUGCAGAGCUGCAACAUGUCAGCGCAGCAGGCCGCUCAGUCUCAGACUGACGAGUUCACUAAACGAGACAAAUCGAGGAGAUUUACUGGGAAAAGCUGAAGAUUUAGACGUUUAAUUGAACGCUUCUGCCUUGACUCGUUUGAAGAGGUUAGAAGAGCCGAGGCAGGUUUCUUCUGAACUGUGAAGUAGGAAAAUGUAGCUCAGAGUGAUCCUGCAGUUCUUGGAGCAAAGAGGUCAGAACGUUAGGAAAAACAAGUGGAUCUGCAGCAGCGUGUGCCUUCACGGGUUUCUUUUUACCCGAUUCUUUUAGCCACUAAGGUUUGUUUUUGGAGGUUUUUUUUUUUUCAUAUAACUUACAGCGAAAUAGAUUAUUUGUGCCUAAUUUUGAAGAAAUAUCAUUUACAGCGUGAAUGGUGAGGAACAUUCCAGUUUAAAACAUAAAUGUGUCGAUUUGACCUCUCAUGAACUAAUGAUGCUUUCUUCAAAUAAACACAACUGCACUAUAGGCUUCACAAGCAGUCUCCUUAAAACCACGUCUAUGUAAAGUUUAAUUUAUAUAAAAAUGACAGCUUUUCUAUGCCUUAAAUAGGAUGUUUUAGUUCUUUUUUUUUGUGUACGAAUAAUUGUGGGUUUUAAGAGGUAUUUUCAGUCAAAUCUAGCAAUUGACAAUCUUGACUCCAAUUCUGAAUCUUGUUCAAAUAAAGAAAUCAAAGGAAGAAUGUG